UUCCAUAAACUGUAUAAAGUAUAAACCCAGAAAAAAAUAAAGGCCAGUUUUAUUUUUUGUUGAGAUCCCACAAAACUAUUAAGGAAGCUGUGGUAACUGGUAAAUGCUUUGCAAUGGCCACUGUGAAGAACACCGAUAUCCCAGAAGAUGAAGUGAUUGAUAUUCUCACCAGGCUUCCAGUGAAGUCUCUGAUGAGAUUCAAGUCAGUUUGCAAACCUUGGGGUGAUCUUCUCAGGAACCCAGAUUUCAUUAGGCAGCACCAUCUCAAGCAAACCCAUCUCAGCUGUAGCUCCAAUUUCAGGGUCCUUAUGAAGCAUGGUGCUCAACCAGCGGACUGUUUCUUCUCUCUUUCUCUUUCUUCUGCCCGAGAUGCUGGUGAAGAGGUGCUUACUCUCGAAGAGAGAGUCUAUGACCCAGUCGUAUUGGGUCCUUGUAAUGGCUUACUCUGUGUUUAUGGUUAUCGGGAAAAGAUUGUUUUGUGGAAUCCUGCUAUUAGAGAAUUCAAGACUCUACCUUUGUCCCCAAUUAAGCGUCGAUCAGGUACAGGGUCAUUUGGUAGUCUUGGGUUCGGGUUUGAUUGCGAAGCCAAUGACUACAAGAUCCUUAGAUUUGUUACUGAUUACUUCGCUGAUGAUGGUGCGGGUGUACCUUCAUGUGAUCAAAUUGAGAUCUACUCUCAGAAAAAUGAUUCUUGGAGGGAGAUUCCGUCUCUGGAUGUGUGUCCUGGUGGUGUCCCUUGGUUUAGUCAGUACCAUAAUGGGGUUUAUUACUGGUGGGCAGAUGGGAUUAAUGGUGGAUUGAUCUUGUCCUUUGAUUUUGCAGAUGAAGUGUUUGAUAAAGUGCCACUGCCGGGUGUUGGGGUUUCUUGGGGUGAUUGCCUUCCACAGCUUGCAAUCUUCAAUGGAUUGCUUGCUUUGAUUCGUUACAUUCGGGGGGGUCCUGAGACAUUGGUUCAUAUAUGGGUGAUGAGCGAAAGAGGAGUGAAAGGAUCUUGGGUCAAACAAGCGAGUAUUGGACUGAUACCUGGAGUUGUGAGGCCCUUAAAAUUUUCGAGGAAUGGUGGGUUUUUUUUGGAAGAUUUGGAGGGCCAGCUGUCUCUGUAUGAUCCGAGCUCCCAACAGCUGAAAAAUCUCCAACUCAGUGGGGGAGAGGGUUUAUUACAAGUGAUAAAUUAUGUGGAGAGUCUUGUUCCAAUCAAUGAUAGACGUGAGGAUGAGGAUGAACCUUCUGCUCAUAUCAGAAUCUGAAACUUACAGAGUAAGAGGGACUAGAGAACUGUGAGAUGUGAAAAGACAAAAGACUAAACUAUAUGUGUGUUACAGGAAUAUUAUUCUUCAAUGUCGUAUUCCUAUAUUAUGUGUUUGAUCUAUAUGCUUUCGUGUAUAACUAAUUACAGCAUUUACCUCAAUGUUGUUCCUUUUUUAUUUUCCUUUUCUAUGAUCAAAGAAUGGAGCUGUUGUUGUCCAUCACUUUUACUUGUAACUGUUUUGAUUUCUUUCGUAUGAUCGCAAAAUUUAUUAGUGGGUAAUUGUUCUCCUGUCCAGUUGUAGAGAUUUGCUAUGAUAA